AUUGCCUCUAUCUCCCUGCCGGGACCCGCGUUGUCUCUAUCUCCCUGCCGGGACCCGCGUUGUCUCUAUCUCCCUGCCAGGACCCUCAUUGCCUCUAUCUCCCUGCCGGGACCCGCCGUUCCCGCGCGUCGCUUCCUGCCGCGGGGCGGGAUGGAGGCCGGCCGGGGCCCGGGCUGCAUCACGCAGGUGAGCUUCGUGUGCCAGCGCUGCAGCCAACCGCUCAAGCUCGACACCUCCUUCAAGAUCCUCGACCGACUCACCAUCCAGGAGCUCACCGCCCCGCUGCUCAGCGCCGCCUCGGCCCGGCCCGCGGACACGCAUGAGGAGGAGAGCUCUCUGGCCGAGGAAGCCUUCACAGAGAACCGGCAGGAUGGCGUCUCCCGGAGGUUCAUCCCACCAGCCAGGAUGAUGUCCACAGAAAGCGCCAACAGUUUCACACUGAUUGGAGAGGCAUCAGAUGGCGGCACGAUGGAAAACCUCAGCCGCAGGCUGAAGGUCACCGGGGACCUCUUCGACAUCAUGUCGGGGCAGACAGACGUGGAUCACCCACUGUGUGAGGAAUGCACGGACACGCUGCUGGACCAGCUGGACACACAGCUGAACAUCACAGAGAACGAGUGCCAGAACUACAAGAGAUGUCUGGAGAUACUGGAACAAAUGAAUGAGGAUGAUAAGGAGAAACUGCAAACAGAACUGAAGGAACUUGCGCUGGAGGAAGAACAGCUGAUUCAGGAGCUGGAGGACGUCGAGAAGAACCGCAAGAUCGUGGCUGAAGACUUUGAGAGAGUCAAGGCAGAGGCAGAGCGGUUGGAGCAGGAAGAAGCUCAGUAUCAGAAGGAAUACUGUGAAUUCAAGAGGCAGCAGCUGGAGCUGGACGACGAGCUGAAAAGUGUGGAGAACCAGAUGCGCUAUGCCCAGAUGCAGUUGGAUAAAUUAAAGAAAACCAACGUGUUCAAUGCAACCUUUCACAUCUGGCACAGUGGUCAGUUUGGCACGAUAAAUAACUUCAGGCUUGGCCGUCUCCCCAGCGUUCCCGUAGAAUGGAAUGAGAUCAAUGCUGCUUGGGGGCAGACUGUGCUGCUGCUGCACGCCCUCGCCAACAAAAUGGGCCUGAAGUUUCAAAGAUACCGCCUGGUACCGUACGGCAAUCACUCAUAUUUGGAGUCCCUCACGGACAAAUCGAAGGAGCUCCCCUUGUACUGUUCUGGAGGCCUGCGGUUCUUCUGGGACAAUAAGUUUGAUCACGCGAUGGUGGCUUUCCUGGACUGUGUGCAGCAAUUCAAAGAAGAAGUGGAAAAAGGCGAAACUCGUUUUUGUUUGCCUUAUCGGAUGGACGUGGAAAAAGGAAAGAUUGAAGAUACCGGUGGCAGUGGUGGCUCUUACUCUAUUAAAACACAAUUUAACUCUGAGGAGCAAUGGACAAAAGCACUCAAAUUCAUGUUGACAAACCUAAAGUGGGGUCUUGCCUGGGUCUCAUCCCAAUUCUACAACAAGUAAGCACUUAAAGAACCCGUCCUGGCAGCCGUACAAGUAACCAUGUGAAGGACCCGUCCUGGCAGCUGCAGGGCAUCUGCGUUCCGUUGGAGAAAGUCAGAUUAAGAUUUCUCUUAAUGUUAACCAGUACAAAAUGUUUACACUACCAAAAAUCCACAAGACACUUUAUUUAAAAUACAUGUAGUAUAUGAAAAAGCAAUAUGUAAAGCUGUCUUGUUGACCUGAACAAAAUAAACAGAAUCAGCUACCAAAUAGCUGCUAAAGUGGUAUUUUGAGGGGGGUUGUAGAUAUAUGUAUAAAUUACCGUUGUUCUGAACACCACUGAGUUUGAUUCUGCUCUGUUACAGCUUCACAAAGAGGUUAGAAAAGCAAAAUGUUAGAAAGAACUGACAGGAGUUCUGCUUAAAGGGCAACUACUGUCCUAAAUAAAGCUUUCUAAGUCCUAUCAGCACUUCUCUGUGCUACUGUGCUUCGCAGGGUUGGAUACUGUUUGAAAUGCUGCUGGCUGUGGUGAUAGCAGCUGCUUGUGAUCCUCCUGUAGGCUGUUCUUGGACAGAGGCGCAAAAGUGAACAGCAAAACGCUGUUCCACACCGACAGUGCUUUCAUCUGGAGUGUGCCGGACACUGCGGAAACAGGCACUGGCCAUGCUGAAUAAAUACCUGCUGUCACAAGGACACCACCAGUGGGAUUCUUCCCUUUUCACAACUCUGGGCAGCUCGCUGGCUUUUGCAGGGUGAAAGCAAAUGGCCUUGAAGCACUGGGAAGGAAGGGAGAUGGUAAAGAGCUGCAGCAGCUGCCCAAGACAACAAUUAAUCUUUCAAAAGGCAAGAAGUGGUGUAAGCAAGCACAGCCCUGUAAUGACUAGGGUGUGAGUGGUUUCCACCACUGUGGCUCCCCCCAAGCAGAACACCACAGACACGAAUGCUUUCUUAGAAUAUGACUCUUCCUAAAGUUUUCU